UCCUGCCAGGGCUGGGGAUCCUGGGAGGGCUGGGGGUCCUGGGAGGGCUGGGACCCUCCAGACCACAACCCCCAGGCUGGGGAGCUCACAGCAGGGUGGACCAUGGUGAAUGUGGGCUGCAGCACCUCCCAACCUGCAGGAGGAGGGAAAAUGAGGCAGGAGAUGUAAUUCCCCCAUCAUGGCUCCCCUCUCAUCCCAUCCCCGGGGUCCAAAGAAGGAGGCUCAGCAGCCGUGGGGCCCUGGCAGUGCCCGGGCCCAUAACGGUGCCUUUGUGCCACGGGCACGGCACCAGCAGCUCCACUGCUGACUCAGGGAUUUUUCCUGGCCACCACCACCGCGGGAGCCCCGUGACCCAUCGGUGGGGGGACCCUGCAAGGGGAGGGGGGUGGCAGCCAAGCAGUGAGGAGACAGCUCUGCAGAAACCCAGCAACGGCGGGAGCUGCUGGGGCCGAGGGACAGAGGGGACAGCCCAGCCGAGCAGGACCCGGUCAGCCUCCUUGCUGGUACCCAAAGUCGUGGCCAACCUUUGAGCCGCAGGGACUCCCCACCAGAGCAGUGCACGUUCAGCCUCUCUCCACCCCAGCCCUGCCCCUGCUCCCUGGGGCUUUCCCAAGCCCAAACCCACCAAGUUAAAUCCCCAGCCCUUCCAAGGACAACCCAGUGCCCCUGGCCGUGCCCAGCAGCCGAUCCCCCGCCUUCACCAACCCACUUUGGUGGGGCUGCAUCCUUUUGCUGCAGACCCCAUGGGCUCCCGGCACUUCCCUGCGCGGACCGUGCUCUUUGAGAGGGAAUCCAACGGCGUCACGUACCGCGUGCCCGCCCUGCUCUACCUGCCCUGCGUGGCCAAGCUGCUGGCGUUCGCCGAGGAGCGGCUCAGCGCCGACGACGCCCACGCCAACCUGCUGGUGCUGCGCCGCGGCACCAUCUACGGCAGCUACGUGGAGUGGGAGGACAUGCGUGUGCUGGAGACGGCGACGCUGCAGCACCACCGGUCGAUGAACCCCUGCCCGCUCUACGAUGAAUUCACGGGCACCCUCUUCCUCUUCUUCAUCACGGUGCUGGGCAGGACGCCCGAAGCCUACCAGAUUGUCACUGGCCAGAACGUCACCCGCCUCUGCUGCGUCACCAGCGCCGACCAGGGCCUGAGCUGGAGCACAGCCACGGACCUGACACAGCAGGUCAUUGGUGCAGCCAUCAAAGACUGGGCGACGUUCGCGCUGGGCCCUGGGCACGGGAUCCAGCUGCGCUCCGGCCGGCUGCUGGUGCCCGCCUACAGCUACCACAUCGACUGCAAGGAGUGCUUCGGGCAGCUCUGCAAGACCACCCCCCACUCCUUCGCCUUCUACAGCGACGACCACGGCCACGGCUGGCGCUUCGGGGAGUUCAUCCCCAACCUGCAGACGGGCGAGUGCCAGCUGGUCUCGGUGGAUGAGGAGGAUGGAUCCAACGUCCUGUACUGCAACGCCCGCAGCCCGCUGGGCUUCAGGGUCCAGGCGCUCAGCACGGAUGACGGGGCUGUCUUCCACAGGGGGCAGCUGGUCCAGCGGCUGGUCGAGCCCCCCCAUGGCUGUCAUGGCAGUGUCAUCGGCUUCCCAGCACCAUUUGUGUAUGUCCCCACCAUCUCCCAGGACUCUGUGUUGCCCCUCCGGGGCUCAGCUCGACGGCUGCUCCCCGGGAUGUUCCAGGGGUUUCGGUACCUGCCCACCUGGAAGGCAGCAGGUGAUGAGCUGCCCACUGUGGCCACCGGCAGCCACCACAAGCCAGACGAGCCCGAUGAGGACUGUCCUACCCCAGGGCAUCACCAACAAGCCCACAGUGCCACCUUGGCCCAGGGGGACCCUGCAGCGACCCCCAGCCCCACUCCCUUCUUCCAAGCGCCGACAUGGAUCCUCUACUCCCACCCCACCAGCUCCAUGUCGCGGGUCAACAUGGGGGUUCACCUGAGCACCUUCCCCAGGGAUGCAGAGAGCUGGACAGAGCCCUGGGUCAUCUACGAGGGCCCGAGCGCUUACUCAGACCUGGCUUACAUGGAGCUGCCCUACGCGGAGGCCCCGGUGGCCGGUGGCACGGCCAUCGCCUUCGCCUGCCUCUACGAGAACGGGACGAGGUCGCCCUACGAGCAGAUCUCCUUCAGCAUGUUCACGCUGCACGACGUGCUCCAGAACAUCCCCGUGACAGCCACUGCUCCCCACCAGGGCCGCAGCCCCCGGCGCCGCGGGAAGCGGGGCCGAAGGAGCUGCCCCGUGUCCUAGUGACCCCCCAGGCCAGCUCCCCCCACCCCCCCAGUGCCAGAUCCUGGGACAACAACCCAUAGCCUGGGGUCCCACACCCCCCAUCCAGCACGGCCACAUCACACAGAGCAGUGUUACCAUCCCCAGGCUGGAUUUGAUCUCACUUUUAUUGUUAUUUUUUUAAUUAUGUAUCGGUUGGUGGGGAGGCUUGUGCACCCCACACAGCCCCAGGCUCCUUUCCAGCAAGAGCCACCUCAUGAAACAGAUACUGGGGGGCAACAGCAAUGCCAAAAGGAGGCAGCUGGGGGCACCCUGUGCCAUCCCUGUGUGCUGGGUCAGGGGGACACGGUGCUCCAGCUGUGCCACAUCUGGUACCACCACCCUGCUCCGGGAGUUUCCCUCCCGUUGUUAUAAAUAGUUGUGUUAUAUAAAUGUUUUAUAUGUUAUAUAAAUGUUUCGUGUUAUAUAACGUUAAAUAGUUUCUUUUUCAUGAAAAGGCUUUUUCUCAGUGGUCUCCCUGAAGUCACUGCGAGGGUUUGGGCUGGAGCAGAGUUCAGUUCCUUCACCACAGCUGGGAUGGGGCUGGGUUUUGGAUUUGGGCUGAUGAUAAAGAGAUGUUUGUGUUGCAUCACUUGUCUGUCUUGGGUUCUAUUUCUAUCUCUCUAUUAUUUUCCUUUACAUUACAAUUUAUUAUUAUUAUUUCAAUUAUUAAACUGCUCUUAUGUCAA